AUGCGAGGUUGCCUGUGGAGAUGCGUCGGAGUCCUGGCAUCCUUAGUCAUCCUGGGGUUCUUCAGUGGGGAGAAUAAGGCAGCUCGUGUGGAGUCCAAUGCAUCACUGAAUGAAAAGAAAAAAAUAAUACAGCAGAUCGCUCAGGAACAGAUCAGCUCUGAAGUCAAGAGUCAUAUGAAAUACUUCAUCAAGAUGCAGGAAAAUUCCCAAGCACUCCAGCGUGCCAGCUACACGCUUCUGGCUGGAACCUCUCCCCAGGGAAAGUGGCUGCUGACCGUGGGGAUCUCCCCAGUGCAGCGAACCCAUGGGAGUUACCUCUUGGACACCCUGAAGUCUCUUUUCCAAGCUUCCUCAGAACAGGACCUGAAAUAUAUGCUGGUAUUGGUCCUCCUGUCAGACACUGACCCCACAUGGCUCAACCAAAUAGUUGCCAACAUUUCAGGUCUCUUCACGCCACAAAUUGAAUCUGGGAGGCUGGCGGUAGUCCACGGUCUGCUUGGUGGCUCCCUAGCAAAGAGCAGAAAUCAUACCUCACCCUGUGGAGAGCUUUAUGCUAGGCAGAAAACAAGUUCUGUCCUCCUCAUGAAUUUUGCCAGCAACCUCUCUGACUACUUCCUAUUGCUAGGAGAUAAUGUGAGGUGUGCCCCCAGGUUCGUGUCUAAUAUCUACUGGGCAGUGUCGGCCUGGAAAGAGCUCCCUUGGGUGAUCCUGGACUUCUCGGGCCUGAAGAUCUCUGGGAAGGUCUUCCACACCAGAGACCUCCCCCGCCUGACCUCCUUCCUGCUCCUCUUCCCCAAGGACGUUCCCACUCACUUGCUUCUCUCUGAAUUCAGUCUUCUCUUGUCUCAAAAUGUUCCAAUUCGCUUCAGUUCCUCCAUCUUCUACCACAUGGGCAGUUACUCUGAGUUUGAAGGCACGUGCUUUCCUGAGGAGCAAGACAAGGACUUGGGGGAACCAGACAACCCUGCUGCUACUGUCUUCACAGACAUGCUCUCGUUUUGGAAUACCAUCCCACAAUAUGCCUACAUUCUCAACGAUGACUGCUUAUGGGUCAUGAACCCUUUGGAAGGUAACUACUUGCUGGUGGUUCUGGAUAAGCCACAAAAAGUCAUCCGGGUAGCAGUGCUGACGGGCUCUGCUCACAGUAAGAUGAACUUCUUACAACAGGGACAGAUACUGUUGGGCUAUAGCCUCAUGGACUACCCCAAACGCUGCGCUCACUAUACCUUGGUAGGACCUGUGGUGAGAGGGCAGUUGGACCAGAUGGUAUUUUACGAGGAAGAUGCUGUGAAGGAGAUUAGCUGUAUAAAACUUCUGGUGACAGCAUCUCAUGACUCUGCCAUCAGGAUCCUACAGAUCAGGGUCUGGACAGAGGUCGAGGAAGAGGAGCCUUAG